AUGCCGAUGGCCCCUGUUCCGGCUACAGUGAAGACACCCUUUGAGUAUGAUGUGCCACUAGCUGUGUUUUCCGAUCCUGACGGAGGCCCUCUCACCUUGAGUGCAUUCUUGGCAGAUGGGAAGCCUCUGCCCAGUUGGCUCAGCUUUGAUUCCAAGCAGUGGUCAUUUUCGGGCACACCACCAAAGCAAGAUCAGCUGCAUAUUUUUGUCAAGGCUUUAGACCCGCAAGGCUCGCUACCAGCCGGUGGUGAAGGCGCAAGCAUUCAGACGCAGCCGGGCAGUUCUGGAGCACAGCCUUUUGCAGCGCGGUUGGUGAAGCUUGUCAGCUGUGACCAGCUUCACGUUGCAGGUUUCACCAGGUGA